UCACAUGCUUGUUAACCACGUUGUUUUUGUUUAGACCGGCUCACUCUUGGCUCAAGUGAAAUUUGCGUUUUUAAUCGCAUUUUACGCUCUAGAACGCUUCCAUUCAGCCGCUCUUCGACCCUUUUACAUCUCCCGGGUCUCCUGAGGCGUACCAUGGGUCGUAGAAAGAAGAUGCAGAAGCGAAGGGAGCGCAAGAAGCCGGAGGACCAAAACAACGAGAAAAGGGGCUCCUACAAAGACAUCGUUAAAGGCAACGAGGGCUUCGAGAAAUACUACAAAUCCCAAAACCUUUGCUCCGACAGCGAGUUUUCACAGUUCAUGCAGACUAUGCUGCAGGACCUUCCGGCGGCCUUCAGGAUUACCAGCUGCAGGGGACAGGAAAAGGGUCUUUUACGAUGCAUUCAAGAAAAGCUAGAUGCAGGAAAAAUUGAUGCCUUUGCCCUACCCUGGUAUCCUAAUAAACUGGCGUGGCAGCUGAACAUGUCCAGGCGGGACAUCCGAAGAACUGAAGCCAACUUUCAGCUUCACAACUUCCUGGUCGGCGAGACUGAAGCGGGCUUCGUGAGCAGACAGGAAGUGGUCAGCAUGAUUCCGCCGCUGGCACUGGACGUGCAUCCGCAUCACACUGUCCUGGACAUGUGUGCCGCGCCCGGCUCCAAGACGGCGCAACUGAUCGAAGCCCUGCACCGUGACGGCGACGCCAUCCCCUCGGGAAUGGUGGUGGCCAACGACGCGGACAACAAGAGGUGCUACAUGCUUGUGCACCAAGCCAAGAGGCUCAAUUCGCCCUGUUUGUUGGUCACCAACCACGAUGCCUCUGCCAUGCCUAACUUCCAGCUUGUCAAGGAUGGAAAAGAGCGUGUGUUGAAGUUUGACCGCAUCCUGUGUGACGUUCCGUGCUCAGGGGAUGGCACCCUGAGGAAGAACCCUGAUGGCUGGGUAAAGUGGCACCCUGGCAAUGGGAACAACCUGCACGGCAUGCAGUACCGCAUCCUGAAGCGAGGCGCUGAGAUGUUGCAGGUCGGAGGCAAGCUGGUCUACUCCACCUGCUCGUACAACCCUGUGGAGAAUGAGGCUGUCGUGGCCCGCAUGCUCCUGGAGUCGGACGGUGCUCUCACCCUGGCAGAGAUUCAGCUGCCUGGCCUGAAAAGCGUGCCUGGACUCACGAAGUGGACUCCAAUGUCAAAGAACUUGGAGCCCUAUGAUUCUUUUGAACAGGUUCCCGAAUUGGUGCACACUCAGAUGCGGCCACAAUUUUUCCCUCCUAGCGAGGACGUCGCGUCGACUCUAAACCUGACUCGCUGUUUACGGAUUUUACCUCACCUGCAGAACACAGGAGGAUUCUUUGUAGCCGUUUUAGAGAAGAACAAAUUUCUGCCGUGGGAGUCUGCAAACAGGGUUUGCGAGAGCCCUGGUGAGGAAAGCCAAGAGCAAGAAGAGGGGACUGCUGCACCAGCCAUGAAGAAACGGAAGAUUUUUGGCUUCAAGGAAGACCCCUUUUUCUAUUUGGCCGAGGAUGACGAAACCUGGCCUUCAAUAAGAGACUACUACAAAAUCAACUCAAAGAUGUUCCCGUCCGUCCUGUUGGCGCGCACCUUGGAGGGCCGCAAGAAGAACAUUUACAUGACCAACGAAACGGUCAAGGACGUUGUGACCCUUAACCAGGACAAACUCAAAAUCAUUAACACCGGCGUGAAAGUGUUCUCCCGGUGCAGUGUGGAUGAUAUGACCUGCGACUACAGGCUGGCGCAGGAGGGUCUUCCCAGCAUCCAGGCCCUGAUCACCGACAGAAUUGUUCAGGUUCGUAAAGAGGACAUGAUCAAGCUGCUGGAGAACGACAGUGGCACCCUGCCGCCAAAAAUCGAAGAGUUCUCUGCGGACCUCUAUGAGAAGCUUAAGGAUUUUAAAAUGGGAAGCUGCGUCCUGGAGUACAAGGAUGAUCAGUUGGAAUUCCACCUGGUUGGCUGGAGGGGCAAAGUCUCAGCUAGGGUCUACAUUGCCAAAAGCGAGAGGAUACACUUUUUGAGACUUUUGGCAGCCGAUGUGUCUAAGUUUGAGGUUAAUAAGUUUGAGAAUAGGUCUGACUUGGCUGCCGCAGAAGAACUAGAAAUUCCACAAGACCCAAAAGAAUGAACAUUAUAUUUUUGUAACUGUCAAUAACCCUUUUUAAGUAGCCUCUUGUGUUUUGAAUAAAUUUUUAACCUAAAAAGUUGCACUUGCAAACCUUA